AUGGUCCCAAAGCCAUUUAUGGAGAUAUUCCCUGCUACAAUACCCCUUGACAGGCUUCAGCAAAAGGUUGUUCUCUCAACAGGGGGUGAAUUAGAUAUUACACCGGCGCCCGUAACAGGAGAGUAUGAAGUGAUACGGCCAUCCUACGAAGCAGCGUUACCUAUUUCUAUGGCUGACUUAGGGCCAACCGCAGUCGCUCCACUGGGCCGAAUAGUACAUGCUCGGUCUGGAGACAAGGCUGAUAAUUUCAAUGUUGGGCUUUGGGUUCGCCAUGAAGACGAAUAUCCCUGGCUGAAGUUGUUCUUGACAGUUGACAUGCUGGAAGAGCUGCUUGAAGACGAUUGGAGGCCCAACCAGUACGGAAGAUAUUCAGAGGUCGAGCGCUGCGAGUUCCCUAACCUGUUAGCGGUUCACUUUCGUGUUCUUGACUUCCUAGGGGGCGGCAUUGCCAGCUCCAGUCGCGUUGAUGGGCUCGGAAAGGGGAUUGGAGAGUAUCUGAGAAGCAAGCUUGUCUCGAUUCCCGUCGAGUUCAUGGAGAGAGAGCCGAUUUGA